AUGAUCAUUCAUCAAACUCAAAUUUUGAGCGAACUUUUCCGAGUAUUGUUGUCAGAAAUUGGAGUAUUAGUGGAGCAACACUUUGCUUACAGCGGAAGGAAGUCAACGACCAGCGCUCCUUGUUUUGCUUCUUUCUUUGACGUCAACCAUUCAAGCUGCGUUACGCCGUCUUCUACGCUUUCCUUUCUUACCUACAUGAUAACGAAUUCGGAAAAACAAAAUUUG